AUGGCUGAAUUUUGUACACCAAUCAAAGCUAACAAACUUACUGAAGUAAAUGACAAAAUAUGUAUCCCACCUUCUCCCUUCUUGAAUCGUUUGGGAUAUGGAACUGGUGUAUCUGUGAUGCAGCUUGUUAGAUCUCCUAAGGCCGGCCAAAUACGUUCUCCGUGGGCCCUGAAAAUGCUUAAUAAACGAGUGAAGCCGAAUAAGGUUUACACAGAAAGAUUGCAAGCUGAAGCAGAUCUGCUUAAGCGAAUGUCCCAUCCAAAUAUCGUGGGCUUCCGAGCAUUUGGUAAAACAAAGAUACUCUACUUGGGCAUGGAGGCGUGUGACCUAUCUCUCGGCGAUAUGAUCGAGAAAAUAGUUGAAGAUGACUGUGAGCCUUUUGCUCCUAAAAAUAUUUUAAAGGUGGCAUCAGAUAUUGGCAAUGCACUUGACUACCUGCACAAUAAGAUGCAAAUACUGCACGGCGACAUGAAAUCCUACAACAUACUAGUUAAUGGAGACUUUGUCAUUUGUAAGCUUUGUGACUUUGGUGUGACAUUACCACUUGACGAAAAUGGAGUGCUUGAUAAGAAUAAAGCGGGAAGAUCGGUUUACUAUGGUACAGAAGCUUGGAGUGCCCCCGAGGUAGUUCACGGUGGGAGCAUCAGCUGCAAAACCGAUAUCUGGCCUCUUGGUCUGGUGCUUUGGGAAAUGAUGGCAUUGAUGCCUCCACACACUCAGAUUGAUGACACUAUGGACAAGAGCAUGAACAGUGUGGAGGGUUCAGAUUCCAUGGAGGACUAUUUUUCUGACAGAUAUGGUACAAGGCCAGUCAUUCCGAGCAACAUCUGCCCUGUAUUGUAUGAGCAGCCGCUGGCACUUUUCUGCAGUUGCACCGAAAGCCAACCUGAGAGACGCCCAUUGGCAAGAAGCAUUGCUGACGCAGCUUGCCUAGCUUUGCAGCCAACGUCGCACAUCCUUACC